GAGAGAGAGAGAGAGAGAGAGAGAGAUGUGGCCGUUCCACAGGCGAGGGCCGUCCGGCUUCUCCUCCUCCUCCACGGCCGAGGAAGUGACGGAGGGACUCGAUGGGAGUGGCCUGACUGCCAUUGUUACAGGAGCAUCAAGUGGCAUUGGCACUGAAACUGCACGUGUUCUAGCACUCCGUGGUGUUCAUGUUGUUAUGGGAGUGAGGAAUUUAUCUGCAGGCCAUAAUGUUAAAGAAGCAAUCAUUAAGGAUAUCCCCACCGCAAAAGUUGAUGUCUUGGAGUUGGACCUGAGCUCAAUGGCAUCAGUAAAGAAAUUCACUUCACAAUUUGGCGCUCUAAAUCUUCCACUAAACAUCCUUAUUAAUAAUGCAGGAAUCAUGGCAACUCCCUUUAUGUGUUCACAUGAUGGUAUCGAGCUUCAGUUUGCAACAAACCACAUUGGUCAUUUUCUUCUCACUCAUCUUUUGUUGGAAAAGAUGAAGAAUACGACACGCAGCUGUAAUGUUGAGGGCAGGAUAGUCAAUGUUUCAUCUGAGGGACACAGGCUUACUUACCUUAAAGGCAUUCGUUUUGACAAGAUUAAUGAUAAAUCAGGGUAUUAUUGUUAUUUUGCUUAUGGGCAAUCAAAACUUGCUAAUAUUUUGCACACAGUUGAGCUAUCUAGACGUUUAAAGGAAGAAGGGGUGAAUAUAACAGCCAAUUCACUACACCCAGGAGUCAUUGUCACUAAUCUUUUCCGUCACCAUGGUUUUGUGAAUGCCAUUUUGGGUACCGCUGGGAAGUUAGUGACGAAAAAUGUUCAUCAAGGAGCGGCAACAACAUGUUACGUGGCACUUCACCCGCAAGUAAAGGGGGUGACAGGAAAAUACUUCAGCAACAGCAACUUUGCCACCCCAAGUUCCCAAACCUCUGAUGCAUAUUUGGCCAGCAAAUUGUGGGAUCUCAGCAUGGAUAUGAUCUCAUCGUGCCUUUGAUUGCAUCUCAAAUCUUUGAUUAAAUCUAUUAUCCUCGCAAAUCAACUUUCAAUAGUAUUUGUACUUAUUGUUGACCAUGGCCGACAACAAGAAAGUGUCAUCAAAUGCCAAAUCCAGGAUGGCCCCUAAUAAUGAAGCAUUAUUAGCAUGAUCAACUAUUUUUAUUUAAUGAGCCUCCUGUCGGCUCAACCAGUCUUUGUAAUGUGUUAAUUGUUAAUCCCUCAAAAGUCUCAUGUUUGACUACCCAAAAACAAUUUGUAUCAGUGUUCUGGUUGACCUUUGACAGUUGAGAACCAGUUAUAAACAGAAUGCUGACUUCCAAUUAAGUUACCUUAUGAAAGAUUUGAA